AUGGCGCCGGGAGACUCCGGAUCACUGGUUUUUACAUCGACCGGACAUGUUGUGGGCAUAGCCUUUGGGGGAAGUCAUGACGGGGACGUCCUGUACUUCACGCACUCCCAUGACCUCGUCGACGAAAUCAAGGCGACAUCGAAGAGAGACCCCUGGUUGAAAGACAUCGGAUGGUCCUCUAGCGCUUCAGCAGGUCCCAGCUCAUGGGGGGGCAAACAGCAACAAAGCAGUUGA